GUAGAUAGAUACUUCCCUUCCUCUCUCCUCCACAUUCGCUUUCAUUUCCCCUGUUCCAUUGACUUUUCAUGAAAACUACCUCACUUGGAUCAGGGUAACUUGCUUCUCCUUCUCUCAUUCUCUCCUUCUCCUCCAAUUCUGUUCCUCCCGCUGUUUCGAGAAAUAUCUAAAGUAACUCUGAGGUCCAUCAUUGCAGCUUGUCUUGAGAAGGAAGAAUUUUUGAACAGUCCAGGAACGGGAUGGAAGUGAGCAGGCCUCUUAAACCAGAUGAUAAAUUAAAGCACCGCCCUUUGACCCCUUUUAGGAUUAUGAGGGGUCUGACCUGUUUAGUGGUGUUUCUAUUGACAGCUUUUAUUUUUCUAGUGUACUUUGGUCCUGUGGCUGCUGUCAUACUGAGAUUGUUCAGUUUACAUUACUGUAGAAAAACAACUGCUUUCCUCUUCGGCCUCUGGCUAGCUUUGUGGCCCUUUCUAUUUGAAAAAAUAAACAAGACUAAAGUGGUUUUCUCUGGGGAUUCUGUUCCGUCAACGGAACGCGUUUUGCUUAUUGCCAAUCACAGAACUGAGGUUGAUUGGAUGUACCUAUGGGAUCUUGCAUUGAGAAAGGGGUGCCUGGGCCACAUUAAAUACAUCCUUAAGAGCAGCUUGAUGAAAUUACCCGUCUUUGGUUGGGGAUUUCACAUUUUGGAGUUCAUUUCAGUGGAGAGGAAGUGGGAAACUGAUGAACCAGUCUUACGUGAAAUGCUUUCAACUUUUAAGAAUCCUCAAGAUCCCUUAUGGCUUGCUCUCUUUCCUGAAGGAACUGACUUUACUGAAGAGAAAUGCAGGAGGAGUCAAGAUUUUGCAGCUAAAGCUGGACUUCCUGUAUUGUCAAAUGUGUUGCUCCCAAAAACGAAGGGUUUUUGUCUUUGCUUGGAAGAUCUACGGCACACUUUGGAUGCAGGUUCUUUUAAACAAAUUUAUUGCUUCAUUUUGUGUUGCAAAGUAUCUUGUGAACUUAAUUGUACACUGGUGGUAAGCACAUAAUCCAUGAUAAAUUUGGAAAAAUGCUAUGAAUCUAUGGAAUGUGUAAUUCAGAUCAUCUAUUCAUUUGAUCAAUAACUGUUCUUGUUUUGGUUAUUGCUUCCAAAAUUAAUCCUAGAAUCUUCAAACAUCUUUGUUUACACAUGCAACUGCAGUUUAUGACGUGAGUAUUGCUUACAAGCAUCAAUGCCCCUUCUUUUUGGACAAUGUUUUUGGUGUGGAUCCGUCAGAGGUUCACAUUCAUGUGAGGCGUAUCCCUGUUGAGGAGAUCCCAAUAUCUGAGGAUGAGGCUACUGCUUGGUUAAUUGAUACUUUCAAACACAAGGACCAGUUACUCUCCGAUUUCAAAUCCCAAGGCCAUUUUCCCAACCAAGGAACAGAAGCAGAGCUUUCUACUUUGAAUUGCUUCUUGAAUUUUACAGUGGUAAUUUCCCUGACAGCCAUUUUUACGUAUCUAACCUAUUCGUUCAACUUGUUUAGGAUAUAUGUUGGUUUAGCUUGUCUCUAUCUUGCUUUUGCUACUUAUUUCAACAUUCGUCCAAUGCCAGUUCAAGGCUUUCAUUCACUGUUCUAUCGCAAGGAAAUGAAAAGAGAAUAAAUUUUCAUUUCAAGUCAUUCAAACUGUAGAUAACAAUAAACUUUUGACUCCGAACUAGAUUGGAGAUUUCU